CAGUGAUAAAUAAUUAGCAGAUUAACUUCCGUGUCCGUGAAGUCUCUGCUGCUUCCGUGUAGUGUGAAGUUUCCCCUCCGGACGGUCCAGCGCUGCCACCGACAAACUCUCAUAACAAUGCGAGGCAUUCCCGAGGAGCUAACCGCGCUCAUUUCAGACCUUGAAUAUUUCCUCUCUGAUGGAUUAAAAGGGGAAAAUCUAAGCAAGAAGGCAAAAGAGAAGAGGGAAGCCUUCAUCAAACGGAUUAAAGAGGUCAAAUUGGGUUUCCCACAUGAUUUCAAGGACAGAAGUGGAGAUGACUCAGAUGAUGAGGAGGAUGUUGACAGCAACAAUGAUGGAGGCUCGCUGCAGUCCGAGCGCACAGACAAGGAUGACGAGGCUUUCGAAGGUUCCCAGCAGUCUCCACCUGUGGCGGCUCAGGACCUGAAGUUUGUCUUUAAAGCAGGAUACCUUGAGAAGCGCAGAAAGGAUCACAGCUUUUUUGGCACCGAGUGGCAAAAGAGAUGGUGCGCUCUGAGCCAUCACACCUUCUACUAUUAUGGCAGUGAAAAAGACAAGCAGCAGAAAGGAGAGUUCAGUAUUGACGGGUACACUGUCAAAAUGAACAGCACCUUGCGGAAAGACUCGAAGAAAGACUGCUGCUUUGAAAUUUCGGCUCCAGACAAGCGGGUCUAUCAGUUUUGUGCGUCAUCGGCGAAAGAGGCGGAGGAGUGGGUGAAACAGAUAGACUUUGUUUUGAGAGAUAUGUCAGGCAUCAUCCCAGUAGAUGAAGAGGAGGAACAGGAAGUGUACGAUGACGUUGGAGCAAUAGAAGACACUGCUAACUCUCAGCCAAUCGACGAAGACAUCUAUGAAGAGCUCCCAGAGGAUGAUGUGCCCGCCCCAGUAAAGUCCGCUCCAAAGGUGGAACCAGUGAGCAAACCUGCGCCUCCUCCUGCUUCAGUUGAUAAGAGCACAGACUACCCCAACUUCUACCAGGGCUUAUGGGACUGUACAGGAGACCACCCAGAUGAGCUGUCCUUCAAACGUGGUGAUGCUAUCUACAUCCUGAGCAAGGAGUAUCAGAACUUUGGCUGGUGGGUCGGAGAGAAGAAUGGAACUGUAGGAAUCGUCCCCAAAGAUUUCCUGAUGGAGCUUUAUGCUAUAUAAAUAUGCCCCAUGAUCUGUCCCUCUCAUAUCCAUUUUAAGACUGAAGAUUGGAUGAAAAUAUUUUCAUAGACUGAACAACAUAUCAAAGAGUAUUUUUUCUACAGGUUCUGCACUUUGCACUGCUUUUUGUAUUUAUUUCCUUUCCAAGAUACAGUUUUCCCACACCAUUUCAUACUCUGCUUGUGGCAAAUGUAUUUGCAGAAGGCAAGAUAAAUAAAGAUUUAAACAUA